AGAGAGAGAGAGAAGCGUGGUUUUCUCUGAAAAGGGGUGGAGACGCUAAACCUGGAAGCUGAAAAGUAUUUUCCAAGUCUACAAGAAGCCUGAACUCUUUACAAACACGGGGGAAUCCUGAAUCCAACACAGAGGGAUUUGGGGGAAAAAAACAGAACCAUACAUUCGGCACAUAGGGAAUCGCAAAAGAAGCAAAUAAAACCUUUGAAGUUGUUUGACAAGCUCAGAGCAACUCUACAGUUUCAUGAUGGGAGAAGACGCAGUUCAGGCAGAGAAGAGCAGCGUAAUCAGCACACAUGAGAGUCAAGAACUGGUGGUUCCAAGCCCCAGCCCCACCCAAUCAUCUCCCAGCCACAGUCUCUCCGGUGUGGGCAUGGCCGGGGUGGCAGCCGACUCCGGGGGGGCGGCGGGGCCUGGAGCCACAGGCACCCUACCCAGGGAAGGGGUCUCGCCCACCGGCCAGGUGAACGCUAUUACCGUCCUGACCCUGCUGGACAAACUGGUGAACAUGCUGGACACGGUCCAGGAGAACCAGCAUAAGAUGGAGCAGCGUCAGUUGGAGAUGGAAGGAGCCGUGAGGGGCAUCCAGAAUGACAUGACCAAACUGUCCAAGAGUCACACGUCCACCUCCAACACAGUCAGCAAGCUGCUGGAGAAGAGCCGUAAGGUCAGCGUCCACAUGAAGGAGGUCAAGGACAAGAUGGACAAGCAGGCUACCCAAGUGAAGAAGCUGGAAGCUAACCACGCCCAUCUGCUUAAGAGGAACAACUUCAAAGUGCUCAUCUUCCAGGAGGAGAAUGAAAUCCCUGCCACUGUGUUUGUUAAGGAGCCUGUUCCAUUCCCACGUGAGGGUGAAGAGGAGAACGUGGAAGUGGAUCCCAACCGCUCCCAAGAAGAGGGCCUUCAGACCAUCAACCUCUCCUCUGAUGAGGAGCUAGGGCCAGAGGAGGAGGAGGAGGAUGAGGCUAUCAGCGCCUUGGAGCUGGCAGGUGAACGGGUGGAGAGAUCCAGGGCUGAGAGGAUCAAACGCUCAAGCCUCAAAAAGGUUGACAGUCUGAAGAAAGCCUUUUCCCGCCAAAACAUUGAGAAGAAGAUGAACAAGAUCAGCACCAAGAUCGUCUCGCCUGAGAAACGUGAGAAGAUCAAGAAGAGCCUAACACCCAAUCACCCAAAGGAUCCCAGCGCCAAGAAAUCCUCUUUCAAGGUCUCACCACUCACUUUCAACAUCAAGAAGGUGCGGGAUGGCGAGGUGGAGGCGGAGGCGGAGGCGGAGGCUGACGUGGAAGCAUCGGCGAAGUCUGAGGGCUCGCCGACUGCAGUGGCUUCCAUUGAGCUAGCCCCCAUCAGCAGCCCAGAUGAGGACCUGCCUUUCACGGAGGUACACUCCCAUCUAGCUCCUGGUCAGGAGGAGGCCAAGGCGGCUGUGGAAGCCAUGGAGAAGGAGGAAGUGCCGAGCGCGUCUACCAGCACUGCCGAGCCAGACCUGUCAAUUUCGGAAGGUGUCAGUGAGGAGUACGCCCUUUCUGCCACACUUCCCCAAGAUACCUCCAACCUGGAAGUAUCCCACAAUGGGCUGCAGAUAGAGGAGGAUGAGGAGGAAGAGGGGGAGAAGGAGAAAGAGAAAGAGGAAAGCCCUAUAGAAGAAGCAGCAGCCUCUGUUGCAGUGGAGCAAACAUCCUAAUGUCCUAUUCCCAGAUCCCUGUUCAUGCAAAACCCCAGAAAUUAAAACAUGCUCCUCUUACUCCACUGGUCAUCCCAUUCUCCCUAAACAACCAGACAUCUACCAUGAGUCUGGUGAAAUGCUUAUCUGUACUCCUCGUCUCAUUAAAUUACACUGCCAUUUGAAAGCCCUUUGCACCAAUACACAGACUAUGCAAAUGAAAUGGUUGCAUCUCGGGGUGUAAAGACAUUCAUUUGUGUAUCUGCUGUUAAAAUAUUCCUGUGAUUCCAGGUAGGCACUCUAUUAGAUUCAUGCUUCCACAAUGUUAUUGAAUGUUUGCUGCCACUGCCUUUAACUUCUGACCAAUUCAGUUCAUCCAACUGACUGCUACAGAUGACCUAGCAGUUGAGGAGAAACUUUCUAUCGGUCCAAUACUACUGACUAUCUAUCUCCAUUUUUCUGUCAGGCUGUCUGUCUGUCUGUCUGCCCUUCGACCAACCUGUCAGUAAGAGACUUGGUUCAGCAAGAUCAAAAGUUUAAAGCUCAAGGAGUAAGCGAACGCCAAGUGUGCUUUGUCAAACCCAUUGGCAGGAUUUUCCUAAGCCCAGAAUCCAUCUCUUCUGGAACACUGAGAGCAAGCCGAACAUCAUGAGGUUUAGGGUAAACCUGGUGACCCACAAUCAGACCCAAAAACAGAUUUCUUUUUUUUUUUUUACAUGCUUCCAACAAUUUAAUGUUACUGGCUAGUUUUUCUGUGUUACACUGAACAUUCGUUUGGUGAGAAAUCUCACUGUCAUGUUGUCAAGAGUAUUAAAAACCCAAACUGCAUGGAUUAUACUGUGAGGCUAUUGUUCUUUAUAAAUAGUUGCUGGUGGCAAAUGAAACUUGAAAGUUGGGUAAUGUGUGCUUCUAAAAUACUACUACAAAAACAAUCAGGUGACAUAAAUUCCUGAAUUUAGGGCCAGGCAGAUCGAAUCUGGACACGCUCAGAGCAUCCCUGGUUUACCCACAGGCCUCACAGAUGUCCUGGGGUUGUCUUGAGAAGGAUUCCUGGUUUUGAUAAAUUGCUCCUAAAGAGAUCAUUUCUCAAACUCCUAUUGGCAUUGUGUUGGCUAAAGAAGGUUGUGCAUAUGUAGUGUGAGGUGAUCUGGAUUGCUGGCAUAUUUCAUAGAGUGAUGAAGGAGAGUUUUAGCCCUGUUGGAUGCCGGAAGACCUGGAGAGAAACAUUUGGAAAGGGUAAGGAGUGGACAAAAGUGAACAGGAGAAAAAUGGCUUUCAGCUGUUGAAUAUGACAAGAAUUUGUUUCUUACCUUAACCUUUAAACUGACUUUUAGAGAAUCAUUAGGAAAACACCAACAGCAUAACAGGUUUUCUUCAUUUUUAUACAAGGUUUAACAGGUAGCAGUACUAAAAAAAAAAUACAAAGCCCUAUAAAUGUUAUCCCUUAUAUUCAAUCUUGGAAGCACACUGAAAUGAGGAGUUUUGAGAAUACACUGCCACUGUGUCAGAAACAGUGAAUAGAGUCGAACCAAUUGUACAGUUCUGUAAUGAAGUGCUCAGUGGUGCUAGAAAUAUGCUCCUGAAUCAGGUCUCUGGUGUCUCACAGUUUUCUUGUCUUCUUAUUUUCUUGGAGUGGGAUAAUAUUUUACAAGGUAAUAUCAUAGACAAAUUACAGCACACUUGAACAACUGCAAUACAAAGUGUGUGUCCUUUGUGCUUUGGGUAAGCCUGUGUCAGAUGUGUCAAAGGGAUGAGAUUUUCUUCUUUUAAGUCUUUACACUAUAUAACAGAUUUUAAUUCUUAAUGCUAAUACUAAAGCCUUUAAACUGUAUUAGUGUUUCUUAUAAGAUAUUGACUAUAUGCUGAUGACUUCAAUAAUAUACAGAGAUAUAUGCUGUCUUGAAGAUCACAUGAUUUUUUUUUUUUUUUUUUUAAAGUUAUCACUGACGCCAAAGAAGCUACUCUUAUUAUUUUCCAUGGCAGAUGACUUAUAGCCACGUACAGCUGUCUGUUUCUGCUUUACAGUCUCAUCUUUUUUGAGCACCUCUGUCAUUUUCUUGCAUAAUGCAGAAUAAAGACUUUA